AUGGACAUCCUCAAGUGGCUGGAGGAGACAGAGCAGCACAAAGCCCCUCAGGUUGCUUGUAAGCGCAAGCGUUUGCCAAAGCGAGCAAAGUCGGACAGCUCUUUACUCGAACCUCUACCUUUGCAGGAUUCCCCUGUCCAGCAAAGGGUGAGAAAACAAAUUGCCAGUGAUGUUCUCGAUGCUUCAUCUAGUACCUCCUCGACGAGCAGUCGGUAUGCUCGCAAACCCAGGCGGAAGACACGUCCUGAACGCUACGAGCCACACAAGUCCGAACACGCAGGACCUAACAAGUCUUCGAAAAAAGCACGACACAAGUCGAGACGGAGGAAGGUUGAGAAGCCUGGCCAAGUAGUGCAAAACUUCAAAGCCAAGAAUGUAUCAGGGGAUCGGCUGACUUUGAGGCCUUCCGAGCCGGGCUUAUUCAACAAGGGUCGGACAUCGAUGGCAGUCCGAGGCCGUGGCUUGCCCGAUCUUGUCUUUUCCGAAAUGAAGUUUUUGCAAAAACACGAUGAAUCCAAGCCCCCGCCCCAGACGGAUGUUCCCGGGAAGAAGCGCAAGAUAGAUCACACGCACACCAAUGGCGGAGAGAUUUCCAGCUUCUUCACCACAGGGCGACAUAUACUGGCGCAAAAGGUUCAAGACAAGCCCGCUGGCCAUAGUAGCGUACGUGAGAAAAAGCGGCAUCAUCAAAACUGUAGGGCGACGGUUGAUAUGGCGAUACCCACUGUCGAGUCUGCUGAUCGAGUGUCGUUUCCACAUUUUGAUAGUCAGCACCCUCGACGCGGUAGUACUAGUUAUGUGUCCUGGUCUGAAUCCAUUCGAGAACGGAGCACCACGUCAGCACACCACCAAGCUGAUGAUGACGCGCCUCAUGACUGGCAUGACUCGGAUCGCUAUGGAUAUUGCAAGCCCAAGACGAAAAGGCCAGAGAGAACUUUCAAACAGUCAGAGCUUCCUUCAGUCGCCAGGCAGACUACGGACAAUACAGCAGGAUGUUCCAGAGUAUCUUCACUCGCUCCAUCUCACAGUAGAGUGUCCAGACUGCAGUCCUGUCCUCAACAAGCGUCGUCUCCAAAGCGAGUGAACCUCGUAGACCGCUCUGCAAAGCUUCAAACCACUGGUACAGCUUACUCAUCCUCAUCAAUGCCACCUGUCGUGCCCCCCUAUCCGAGUAUAGACGCGGGUCCAGGUUUGGCGGCAGACCGCUCAAACAGUCCAAGAUUUGGGAAGCCGUCAAGUCUAAGAAAGGAAACACGACCCGUCAGCCAGCAUCAGAAUUCAGACGACGGCUACAACAACUACGGCGAAGAAGAAGAGACGUCUUCAGACCUAGAGAAGGUUCUCCAAGUCUGCAAAGAUACCCUCUACAACCAACAUGGGGCAGCUCCGUCACCGAGAAAUGGCGCCAACAGAUCAGAACAAUUACCUCCGAUGCAAGUAGCAGACCGAUCACGCAGGACAAGUUCGCGUAUGCCGACGCAGCGCAUGCCUACUGUACGGUUUGCUGAGCUGCCGGUUCAAUAUCAUGUACAACCGACGUUUGCUGGCCCUAGUAUCUAUGAACAACAGGAACAACACCGAUAUCCGCCAUUGGAGGUUUCGGGCAAUGAAGCCCUCGGCGACGAUGCAUGGGCUUUCGAGCAGGAGCGCAUGGACGAUGACAUGGAAAUGUGUUACGACGAUGAUGGUGAUUGGAAUGAUACAAUAGAGGAAAGCAUGCUGAAUGAGUUGGGAGACAGCAGGAAAAUGUGUGUGGCUGAUGGGGCCUUUGCGGCAGAGCACACGAGGGAGGAUUCUUGGCCCAGCAACCAUCAUGUGGCCCCUGGGUUCUGGCGGCCAAAUAAGUUGUAUUGA